GUGUAAUAUGUUAUGGACGUAAUAAGAGUCUGAGAGUCGUUAAAAAGUUACAAUUAAACACUAAUAAUCGAUAAUAACAAAUAAACUAGUUAAAACAUGGAGUUACGAGAACCGAAGAAAAAACAGAGAGAGAAACCGAAGGAGCAGAUGCCAUUUCCUAUUCCAAUAAAUGGAUCACAAGAGGAAUGGCCAAUGUAUACAGCACAUCUUACAGACAUAGGUGCUUGCAUAAUUGAACCUGACCAGAUCAGAGCGGUAUAUAACAAUGGAUAUUUUGGCAAAGGAUCACUGUCGCGUGGUAAUCCCAUCUUCGGUAAAGCGCGAUUUGGAGCGCCUCCAGUUGUUCAAAACAGACAGUGGUAUCGUAGACAAGAAUGGAUGAAAGAUGUCAAGGAAUUAAACGCUGCUUCUUCAUCUACUUUAACAGAAGUUGAAGAAGUCAAAUAUAACAACGAAGAUACUGUUUUGAAUGACAAAGAAGAGAACAGCAAUGAUAUUAUUGAAAUUCCAUCAACUUCUGAAAAUGGGAACAAAACACAAGAUGAAAUCAACACAAUUUCAAAAGACAUUGAUGAGGUCGUUCUGGAUUCCGCAGAAGAGGACGACAUAUGUGUCAUUGCUAAUAAAGACUCUGAGAAUUGUGAUACUAAAUUAUCGAUAGAAGAGUGUUCUAUAGAAGAAGAGAAAAAAGAAGAAUCGAGCAACUUGUCUGACUAUUACGACUUCAAAAAUGGCCGCAACAACGAAGAGGAUAUACAAGGCAAGCUGCUGGUUUUGCCAGAUAGCGACUCGGACACCGAGAAUUAUCUAGAAAACAUCAAGCCAAGGAUCGAGGACGAAGGUUUUCCGGUCCGUGAAGCUUUGCAUCUCACUUUCGAGGAAACUUUCUUUCUUCUUUUUGGAUUGGGUUGUCUGCAACUGGUGAAUUUUGACGGUAACCUAAUGGACAUCGAUGACACGUGGUUGUACUUCAACAAAAGAAGCUCGGAAUUUCUGCAAAAAUAUGUGGUUUACCAUUAUUACAGGAGUAAAGGAUGGGUGGUCAAGCCUGGUUUCAAAUAUGGUGGAGAUUUUUUACUAUAUAAACACGGACCUCCCUUUCACCAUGCUUCUUUUAUUGUAAUAAUCGAAGUCGUAGAUGCAGACACUUUGCUCGUAGACACUGCUAAGACUAAGCGAACCAUGACGUGGGAGCAAUUAUAUGGAUUCAAUAGACAAUCAGAAGCUACUGCUAAGGAAACAUUGUUCGCGCAAGUUUUAUGGCCGUCAUCGGUGCCACAAGACAUUAGCAAUACUAGUCCUGAUAUACUCUCAGAAUUUACGGUAAGAGAAGUUCAUUGGCGACGAUGGAAUCCUAAGCAGCAUCGGGAAGAUGUGACUAUUGAAGAAGACGAUGAUGAUGAUGAUGAUGAUGAUUCAUCCAAUUAAAUAUUUUUGUAAUUAUUUAGA